CACGUGUUGAAUGGAGUCCCGAAACACUGUUGUUUUCGAAGAUUUUUCCCCCGCCAUGGUCGAGAAGUUGGGUGCGGAAGGCUUCAUGAAGGAGCUCUGCAACGGAUUUCGAUUGCUUGUUGACGGGGACAAAGGGGUGAUCACGUUCGAGAGCUUGAAGAAGAAGUCGGCAUUGCUGGGGUUGCAAAACAUGAGCGAUGAAGAGGCCAUGUGUAUGUUGAGAGAAGGAGAUAUGGAUGGGGAUGGCGCUUUGAAUGAGAUGGAAUUUUGUACACUCAUGCUUAGGUUGAGUCCUGAGUUGAUGAACACUUCCAUGAAAUUGUUGGUUGAAGCUGUUGUCAAUUUCUAGACCGUUUCAUUGA